AUGCAAAAUGUCGAAAUAGCGCCUUGGAAAUCCAAUACUCCACUAGCAUUCAUAGAAAGCGUUGUUUUUGUCUGUGCCUCGUUGGAUUAUAUUAUCUUUACUAUCUUAUUUUUGGUGAAUCUGGUAUCGACGUGGCAACAUGUUUCGACUUCUCAAAAGAUUACAUCGUUUUUGAUCAUAUUGGUGUUUAUGGCAUUGCGAGUCUUUUAUAUCCCAGCACUGCUACUACUGGUUCCGUCUUCCUACAUUGUUCAAUUUGAAUUUCGUACCAUUCUUUUUUCUGUGACAUGCAUUGCUGCAGUGUAUGUAAUGACAUUCUUAAUCCCCAUGGCGAUUGGUAUUUGGGGUGCAUUCAAGUUUGAGGCGUGGCCAUCCAAAGCAAACACCGAAGCAGCUAAUGGAAAGCUCGUGCACAUGCUAGGUUCAGGAAAACUGUCUCAAAUGGUGAUAAUGAUCCAAGUGAAUAACGAAGAAGUUCAUGCUGUUAUUCGUACAAUCAAGUCAAUUGUGAGAAGCACUUAUGAUCCACGAUAUCUUGUGGUGCAUAUCGGAUUCAAUUCGGAUGAGCAAAGCAAAACGUAUUUGCAGAUUGUUCAGUUUUUGAGUGGCAAGCGUCAGCAUCCUGCCCAAGGGUAUCCUCUUCGUCACCCCAUUGAGCACGAAAGCGUCCAAUUUGUACUUCAUAGGGGUAAAGGACACGGACAGGGAGUUGUGUAUUCUGAGAUCCAGCAAACAUUCAAAGGAAUGAACCAUCGUACUUUUUUGGUCUCGGUGGAUGCGGAUAUGAUCUUGUACGAGGAUUGUCUUGUGGAAAUGGUUUAUAGCAUGGAAAACCGUGCAAAGGCAGUUGGUGUUACUGGAUUUAUUACUGGAACAUGUCCUAGUCGUGGAAGUGCGUUUCGUCAUUUUCAAGAGGCCGAGUUUGUUGCAGAGCAAAUGGUGGAUCGAUCUCUUGAAAUGGUAUUUGGGAAUUCAGCCAGUGUUCCUUGCUCCUUGAUCAUGGUAAAUCUGGCCGAAUUCGAAAAAAUUGCCAAAUCUUACUUGACUGAUGUUAAAUCGGACAACUUUGAGCACUUGGGUCAGGAACGGCUCAUUCUGUUUAUUUUGACCCAGCAACACAAGUCGACUUUUCUCAAGUUUUGUUCCAACGCACGAGUAAAAACUGAAGCUGCAACAUCAUGGAGCGCGGUAUUUGAGCAAGAGCAUAGAUGGCAUAUGCCAUACUUGUACAACAAGGCUCACUUUAUGGUUGACAUGAAUCUAUGGAUUGGAUUGCCUAUUGUGCAGACAUUUAAGCUUCUUCGUACAAGUGUUUGCUCAAUGCAUCUGUUUUUUCAUCUUGCCAUACUCCAGAUUUGGACUAGUAAUUCCUCUAUAAAAGAAGCUACGUCUAGUAUCUGGCUGGCACCUAUAGCCAUAUGGAUUAUGUACUCUACCUUUGCCAUUGCUAUAAAGCGAGUUUCCAUCAUAACCAUGUUUCCGUUGACUCUUAUUGUGAAUCCAUGGAUGCGUUUGCUUAUCAAUAGUAUCAACAUGAUCAGACAGCAAAUGACAAACCGUCCUAUUCCUAAAAAACAAGCUGUAUUGAAAAAUAUUCAGGUAGGAUACAACGUCAAAUCAGAAGCCAAAAGAUCCAUAGAGCUCGAGUCCAACAUAGUGACAAGCACGCCGCGACCGGAAUCUGUCCAAUCCAAGCCCACAGGUACAUCAACGACUUCAUCGACCACCUCUAUGUCGCAAAAAUUGCAUAGCUGCAAGAGUUUUGAUAGUCUGCAAGAGCCUGAGCCUGCCAAGCCACAACAUGGUACAGCGAUUGCUCGACUUGUACGGACUUCUUCCAUGCGUGGACUAAAAUCUACUGGGCUAAGUUCAAAUGCAUCUUCUACAGUCACAUCUGGUCAUUCCAAGGGCACUUCUGGAUCGCAAACAUUACAUAGAUCCAACUCUGCCAACUUCAAGCUAUUUGGACGUAGUUGA